AUGCCUGCAGUCGUUAUUAACACACAUGCCGGACGUGAACUCGACGAUGUUUGCGACGCAGUCGAUGACGUAAACGUUCUAAAGGCCAAAAUUUGGGACUCAAAGUCCGAGUUUGAUUCUGACAAAGACAAGACGACCUUCCGGCAGUAUGAAACUGCCUGCGAUCGCGUCAAGAAUUUUUACAAGGAGCAGCAUGAAAAACAGACCGUAGCCUUCAACAUCAAGGCCCGCACGGAAUUCAAAAGCCGGAAACGCGCUCGCAUGGGUAUCUGGCAAGCUAUGGAAAUGCUCAACACGCUUGUGGACGACUCGGAUCCAGACACCGAGCUUUCGCAAAUCGAGCAUUUGCUCCAGACUGCCGAGGCCAUCCGUCGCGACGGCAAGCCUGAAUGGAUGCAAGUUACCGGUUUGAUCCACGACCUUGGCAAGCUGUUGCACCUAUUUGGCAGUGAGGGCCAGUGGGAUGUUGUCGGUGAUACCUUUGUCGUCGGUUGCGCGUUUUCCGAUAAAAAUAUAUACCCCGGUACCUUUGCCGGUAACCCAGACUCCCACGACGCCGUUUAUUCCACCAAGUAUGGAAUUUAUGAGCCUAAUUGCGGCCUUGACAAUGUCAUGGUGUCUUGGGGUCAUGACGAGUAUUUAUACAAUGUUGUCAAGGAUCAGAGUUCGCUUCCUACAGAAGGUCUUGCUAUGAUCAGAUACCACAGCUUUUAUCCAUGGCACCGUGAGGGAGCUUACACGCACCUCAUGAAUGAGAAAGAUCAUGCAGCCCUUGAGGCCGUUCGUGCCUUCAACCCUUAUGAUCUCUACUCGAAGAGUGACGAGCCCUGCGACACCGAAAAACUUCGCCCAUACUACGAAGACCUCAUUGCAAAAUUCUUCCCUUCCGAGAUCGACUGGUAG